CUGCCAGAGUGCUGGGACAGGCUAGAGGAGAAAGCACAAGUCGUGCCUCGGAUUAAAGGGACCUGUCUGGUGUAUACACACACACACACCUGUUUGGAGAAAGGAAAACAUUAUAAACUCUCGGACAGACUCUGGUUAUCCUACAAAGCUUCAAGAGCUCCUGUACUCCUCUGGCAACACACUUUUAAAUCAGGAUAAAAUGAAGAUUGCUGUUUUUCUGCCAGUACUUUUACAGCUGUUAAUACAGAGUGUUCCUGUUGCUCCUGUCACAGUGACCACCUCCAGCCCCAUAGUAAAAGUGGAGGAAUACUCAGAGGCCAAGCUUUCCUGUGAGUUUAAGACAGAGAAAGAUCAAAGUCCUCGCAUCGAGUGGAAGAAAAAGGAUAAGGACACCUCCUUUGUCUACUUUCAUGGCAACUUCACAGGACCUUUUGUGGGACGUGCAAAGAUUGAAGGAGCAACAAUAACAUUACAGAAGGUGACACAGAAGGAUGCUGGAGAAUAUCGCUGUGAGAUCAGUGCUUCUGGUGACACAAUCCAGCUGGGAGAGACCAAUAUCACUCUAAAAGUGUUGGUACCUCCACACAUCCCGACCUGUGAGAUCCCGAGCUCUGCGCUGACAGGAUCUGUAGUGGAGCUGCGCUGUAGGGACCAGUACAGUAUUCCUCCGGCAAGCUACACCUGGUACAAAGACAAGAAGCCUGUCUUUCCACCGCGCCAUACCAAUGCCUCUUACUCUGUCAACAAGGAGACAGGCAUUCUUACAUUUCAUACAGUUACCAUAGCCGAUGCAGGACUGUAUCACUGUGAGGCCAACAAUGGGGUUGGAAAGUCAAAGAGCUGUGUAGGAAAUCACAUGACAAUUGAUGAUCUAAAUGUUACAGGGAUCAUAGCUGGGAUUGUAAUUUUGUGCCUGAUCAUAACUUUAUGCACUCUUGGGGUCUGUUAUGCUCACCGACAAGGCUACUUUAACCGACACAGAGGAAGGUCAUUCUGGAUCCAACAGUGUCAUGGAGUGGCUCACAUCAGCAGCCAGAACCUCAACAGAUCAGAGGACAUCCCCCAUGCUGGUUAUGGACCUCCUUCACAAAAUGUUCAAGACUUCAAACACACACAGUCAUUUAUGCUGUAAGAAGCUUUAAACCUUCCUCAAAUCGAAAACCCCCAUGCAGCAUUUACAGACCCUGGAACUGGACACUGGUGCUUAACUCUGUUACUGUGGAUGUGAACGGGACAAAAAAACAGCCUUUUUUUCUUUCAUGAACGACUGUUAUGGGAUAUCUGUCCUCUAAAAGGACUUGGUGUAUUAGUGCUGUGUGAAAAUCACUGAAAUGUAUUAGACCACUGCCCUGCUGUGUUCUUUGUCCACUUCAGCCCUCUAGUGGAUAUAGUAUGCACACAAACACGAUCACAGCUGAAAUGUGCGACACUUUGGAGUUUUUUUAAAGAGAGUGAGCCUCCCUAAAACAUAUUAUAAAGCUCACGAUAGUGCAGAAUUUAUGACUUGACGUUCCCUGUGCCUUGCUAAAGGAGCACCACUAGGAUGCUAGAUUCACUGGUUAGCAGUUUAACUUGCAUGAAGAAACAACUUGGGCACUAGCCAAGAAUUGAGCUUUCUAGAAUGCAUCCCAUGAGUGAAACAAUCUUUUAUUGUAUGUAAUUAAGACUGUAUUUGUAUUUGGAACUGUGCCUUUUCAUUUUAACUGUACAGUAACUGUUUUGGUUGAAAUGCAUGAAUGAUUUGCUGUAUAUUUUAUCAGCAUUAAAAGCUUUUUUUUUAAUGAAA